AUGAAUAGGUUUAUAUUUUCUUUCAUUUUAUUUAAUCUGUUAAUUUUUAAAAAAAUUACAUGUUGGUCAGAUGAAGGCCAUAUGUUAAUAAGUGCUAUUGCAUAUAGAGGUUUAACUGAUGAAGAACGGGCAGUUCUUGAUAAAAUUUUUAUGAAUUAUAAAGAAGAUAACCAUUUUAAUCAUCCCGUAUUAGGUUCUAUAUGGCCAGAUCAUAUAAAGUCAUUUGAUUAUAAAUAUCCUAAUAAUGAGAGAAGAAUAGAUGCAAUAGAUUUAAUGAAUGGAUGGCACUUUAUUAACAUUCCAUAUAACCCGUUACAAGUUCAUAUUGAUUUGUUUUACAAAUAUUAUUAUAAAAAAACAGAACAUGGUUUAAGUGUAUUAAAAUAUACUUUUAAGACAUUAAAAAAUAUAAAUAAAAAAGAAAAUCAUGGUACAUAUUUUGCUUAUAACUUUCAUUUACGAUUUUUUAUUCAUAUAUUUGGUGAUUUGCAUCAACCAUUACAUACAAUAACUUUCUAUAAUGAAAAUUUUCUUGAAGGAGAUCAUGGAGGAAAUGAUAUAUCUGUAAGAUAUAAUAACAAUGUAGAUAAAUUACACUAUUUAUGUGACACAGUUUUUCAUUCAAGAGCUAAAAAAUGGCCUCAAAUAACACUUGAUGAAAUAUUUAAUGAAGCUGAUUCUUUAAUGAGAAGUUAUCCUCGUGAAUAUUUUGGUAAUAGAUUAGAAAAAGAAAUGGAUGAAAUAGAAUAUCUAGAUUUUAUAGUGAACGAAAGUUAUAGUAAAGCAGUUGAUUAUAUUUAUUCUAAUUUUCCUCAUGAUUCUUUAAAUAAAGAAACUACAUAUGUUUUAAGCAAUUUUUUUGUUAUAAAUUUAAAAAAAUUGCUAAAUGAACAAAUUGUUCUAGGAGGUUAUAGAUUAACACGUUAUUUAAAAAUUAUGAUUGAUAAUGUUCCAAAAGAUCUUGCAUAA